AUGAGACCCAAAUCAGCCUGUAUUGUCUGUCGGAGGCGUCGGAGGAAAUGCAUACGGUCUUAUCAGGGAACAGCGUGCGACUUCUGCACGGAGAGGAAUCUGCAGUGCAUUUUGAGUCAGGAGACCGACUUCCCAGAAGAUGGCUACGAGCCGAUUGUCCCUCGGCGGAUACACGCUCUCACGCACAAGUCUAAGCUCCUGCCGCCUCUGGACUUGUGCGAGGAGCUGAUCAACCUCUACUUCCGCUACGUUCAUUAUUCGUUCCACGUCUUGUUCCACAGGCCGUCCUUCUUGGCCGCCUUCAAGGAUGGCUCCCUCUCGAGGAUCCUCCUGUUCGCCGUCAUCGGCAUGGCAGCACGGUUUUCACAGCACGAAAGCCUGCUCAAGACACCACCUCGGGAGCGAGGCAGACCAUUCACCAAGGAAGCAGAGCGAUUGUUGAAUCUGCACGACAUCUCCCUCACCACUAUCCAGGCCUGCCUUUUGCUGGGAGCGUCCGCCGUGGUUGAGGGUGAAGGGGCGACAGAAUCUGUUUACUUUAGUAUUGCCUGCCGUAUGGGAAUGCUUCUGGACCUCCCCAACGCACCGGUCACAACGCGAAUCCAACAGGAGCUCAACUUUAGAGUGUGGUGGGCGUUGUAUGAAACGGACACAUGGUCGUCGACCGGAACACGAUUGCCAAAGAUGAUGCCGUUGCGCAAUGUGCCGCUCCCUAUGGCUGAGAAGAGAUUUCUCGAGCUUUCGUCCACCAGCCCCCCGACUCGAACCUACAUUGCCUCCCGGGGAUCCCCAAUGGCGAAGUCACACGUACCGCAGGACUCGUUGAUUGCACAUUCGGUGAUGGUGAACCAGAUCUUCUCCCAGAUCGACGAGGUCAACUCACGAGCCGUGUCGGGUGAACUCCAAGGCGUCGAGCUCACGCAGGCUGUCGAGCGGCUGUCGCUCGAAUUGGACUCGUGGGUCUCCAACCUCCCAGACAAGAUGAUCAACACGCCCGAGAACCUCGUAUACUGGACGAGGCAAGGCUUCGGGAACAUCUUCGUCGUCCUGCACAUGGACUUCUACCACCUGUGCCAGAUCCUCUUCUACCAGUUCCUCCACGGCAGCGCGGACAGAACAUACCACCCCCAAAACCAGGGAGCAGCUCAGUCUCAGCUCAGGACCCAGUACGCCCAGAAAUGCAGACAAUACUCGACCGACGUGUGCAACCUCAUCCACCUCGCAAGCGAGACCGAAGGCGCCGAAGCCGAACUCCUCAACUCGAUCGUCGGCCACGUCCUGACCAUCGCCUCCACCGUGCAACUGCACAUCCUGCUGUUCAGCGACGACACCGACGCCGUCCAGCGCGCCCGCAGACUCCUCGAGCGCAACUUCGAGCUCCUGACCCGUCUGAAGACGUACUGGCCCUGCAUCGACAUCUCGUUCGCCCGCUUCGAGGCCUUCCACAAGGCCUGCCUGCGCUGCCAGGACGACUCGCACUUCCAGAUGGACCAGUGGAUGCUCAAGUUCAUGCUCGAGUUCGCGGCGCCGCUCGCUGAGAGGUACGAAGACGAAGGUGAUGGUGGGGAGGAGGGGUUUCACCGCCCGUGGUCUUUGAUUAGCACUGAGAUGUAG